ACUGCCCUAUAGCCCCGCAAGGUCGCAGGACAGGCAAAGGAGGGCAAAUCUCAACAUGGAGAAGGUCUACAGAGAAAAUGAAGGAAAGCCAGAAAAUGAAGGAAACCCAGACAAUGAGGGAAAGUCAAAAGAUGCAGUAGAUACAGAAGAUGAAGGAAAGUCAGAUGAGGAAGAAAAGCCAGAAGUGGAGGGGAAGUCAGAACAUGAGCAGGAGCUCCAGAAUGAGGGACGGCCAGAAGACAAGGGACAGCCAGAAGAUGAGGGGAAGCGAGAAAAGCAGGGCAAGUCCGAAGCUGAGGGAAAACCACACGGUGAGGGCAAGCUGGAAUCCCAGGCAAAGCCAGAGAGUCAGCCGCGGGCUGCCGAAAAGCGCCCCGCUGAAGACUAUGUGCCCCAGAAAGCAAAAAGAAAAACGGACAGGGGGACGGACGAUUCCCCCAAGGACUAUCAGGGCAACUUACGAAGGCAUCUGGGCAGUGAGGAGAUGAUGAGAGAAUGUGCAGAUAUGUCAAGGGCUCAGGAAGAGUUAAGGAAAAGACAGAAAAUGGGUGGUUUUCAUUGGAUGCAAACAGAUGUACAGGAUCCAUUCACCCCAAGGGGCCAACGGGGUGUCAGGGGAAUGAGGGGCGGAGGUAGGGGCCAGAGGGGCUUACAUGAUAUCCCAUAUCUUUAAUGCCUUUGGCCUUCAAUUCUGACUCCUCUGAUGAGAAUAUCGCUGACCCUGCUUUCCCUGGCAGGCAUUUGCCAGGCUACGUGCUUUAACCUUAAGCUGAUACUUUGCUUUAGGUGUCACUCUCAUUACCAGCAGCCUUUUGAUCCAACUACAGUGCUCUGUGUUUCA